AUGGAUUCCGUAAAAACAUUUAAUACACUUUAUAUCAAGAAGCGAGAUGGUGGUUUGAGCUCAAAAAUUAAAGGAGGACAAAAUGAUUUCAUCAAAAAUUCGUUGAGGAGUAAGGAUCCAGAAACACAAGUGCGCAAAAUCGGACUUACCACUUGCAGUAGUAUAAUGCCCAAUAAUUCAUUUAAAAGAAUAUCUUGUGAUGUAACCACUGAUAUUAUUCAUCGCAGAAUCCAGCAAUUUACACAAGCAAGUGCAGCCGAUUUUGUCAAAGCUACCAAAGAAAAUGAAAAUACUUGUAAACCACGAACAGCUGCGUACCGAUUGAAAUCAAGACAGCAAUAG